CAACACUAACCAACUCUUCUAUUAAUCCUAACACAUUCAAUCAACUUCUAUUUUCUAUCUCCUCAAACACAUCAAAUUUAAACAUACAGCAUAUAUAUAGCUCCAAAAAUCUUAAAAAAGUCAACCCAAUUACAAAAAAUGGAUCAACAUGAAGAAAUCGAUGUGCCACCAUUUUUCUUGUGCCCAAUAUCCUUAGAUAUCAUGAAGGAUCCGGUAACUAUAUCUACUGGAAUAACUUAUGAUCGUGAAAACAUAGAAAAAUGGGUUUUCACCAACAACAACACUACUUGCCCAACAACCAAACAAGCCCUUAUUUUUGACACCGUCGACAGUUUUCUCACACCUAACCACACUCUUAGACGACUCAUUCAAUCAUGGUGCACUCUCAACGCUUCCUACGGCAUUGAACGCUUCCCUACGCCGAAACCGCCUGCGACAAAAGCACAGAUUCUAAAGCUCAUUGAUGAAGCCUCCAACUCGUCCCCUCUUCGCCUCGUCAAAUGCCUUGACAAGAUAAAGUCUAUCGCCUUCCAAAGCAGCGCUAACAAGCGUUGCUUAGAGACUACCCCCGGAGUUGCCGAGUUCUUGGCUCGUCUCGUUACUGUAGGCGAAAGUAAUGUAAGCGAUGAAGCGUUGCGAAUUGUCGCUCAUCUUCAGAUAUCCAAUGAGAUGAUAUUGAAGAAGCUGCUGAAGGAGAAGGAAAGCGCCUUGGUUGAUUCUUUGGUAAGAAUCAUGCAAAAGAGUAGUUACGAAUCACGGGCGUAUGCUAUAGAAUUGAUGAAAAAAUUGGUACAAGUAGCCGAGCCAACGCAAGCUGUUACUCUAAAACGCGAGCAUUUUGUAGAAGUAGUCCAACUAAUUAACGACAAUGUCUCUCCGAAGGCUACUAGGGCCGCACUUAAACUGCUCGCCCUAGCGUGCCCCUGGGGGAGGAACAAGGUCAGAAUUGUCGAAGCUGGGGCUGUACCAAUGAUGGUCAACCUCUUGCUCGAGUCUAAUGAUAAGAGGAUGUGCGAGAUGGUGCUUGCUGUGUUGGACCACCUAUGUGGUUGUGCUGAGGGGAGGGCCGAGCUGCUAGGCCAUGGCGCGGGCUUGGCUGUGGUUUCGAAGAAGAUCCUACGAGUGUCUCACUUUGCCUCGGAGAGGGGCAUAAGGAUUUUGUUCGCUAUCUCAAAGUAUUCGGGGAGCCCUAGUGUUGUGCAGGAGAUGCUACAGCUUGGGGUGGUAAUUAAGUUGUGCUUGGUUUUGCAAGUGGAUUGUGAGGCUAAGACUAAGGAAAGGGCUAGAGAGAUUUUGAAGUUGCAUGCUAGAGCUUGGAAGAACUCUCCUUGUGCUCCUGCUCAUGUCUUUGGUUCUUUUUAGUUAGAUCAAGUAGUGUUCCAUUAGAGUAUAGAGAAUUCUUUAAUUUAGUAAAGUGUACAUAAAAGUUAGCAUUCAACAUUGAGACAAUUUGUUCUUAAGACAAUGGACAGCGGAUCCCAGGCCACUCUAAGCUACAUUUGAAUUUUAUUUGGUAAAUUAGUAUACGUAUCUAUUGAAUUCUUCAAGAACUUUUAAUUAACAAUUAGCUAGAAUUCUUUCUCUCACAUUCUUUGUAUUUGUACAAAUUAUUUUCCUCCAGGAAAUCUCAUUGUUUAGUAUUGGGUCAAAUUAUCAUA